AAGCGAGCUCAAUAUGCUCGUUCUGAGCAGCUCAUUUGUGUACAGAGACGACUGCGUGGUACCCUGUAGAGUGCGUGGGCGCUCUGCCUGGGGACAAAUGAGAUGCUAAUGUCUGAUGACAGUAUCGAACUGGUUUUUCCCUGCUGCACAUGACACGGUGAGCACGACAGGCACAGAGCAGGUUGACUUUAGGAGCUCCGCUGUUUUAUAAUUCAGUAUCGAACUGUUUUAUCGUAAGCAUUGAUCUGCUUCAUACGCCACUCUAGGAUGGUGACGGACAUGGAGGCAGACGCUCUGACAUCUGCUACGUGUUGGAGACGGGACCAUCAUCGGUAAGCAGUGUAACGAAGUGAUGUGCGAUGGAAGGAACGGGCUGCACCGAGCCGUGCAAACGGAUUGACCGGGAUCUGCGCUUCAGCAUCUGCAUGAUCGUCGUGGGGAUGUCCCUGCUGACCGCCGGGUCUCUAAUGGUCAUCCUCGGACACGUCCUGAGCGCGCAGCUGGACAGUGAGAACGCCAACUCCCUGGCCAUUGCCGGACCGGUCUCGCUGACCAUCAGCGGCGGGUUCGUCCUGCCGGGCCUGUGUCUGUAUUUUGUCAGGAAGAGGAAGUCUGCCAGAAGGAGGAGGAUCCCGAGGAGCGGCACGGAGCUGGUAGAUCUUGUCUUCUCGUCCUACCCGUCCCUGAGUGACAUCAGCCCCACCCGGAACUACGCCCCGCCCCCGUCCUACCAGGAGGUGAUGCAGAUGGGUCUGGACGUCUACCCCCUCUCCAGCAACAGGGUGCCAAGUAUAUCGGUGUUGGACUGCAGCGCCUUGGACAUGCCCGUUCGGCCCGACCUUGUACAGGACCGUCGUGCUGCAUGGCACAGAUCGCCGCACGAGGGCGCUGCUGUGGAGAACACCUCGUCAACCCCAGCACGCCGUGAGACAUCGCUAUCCGCCAGCCCCUCCCAUGUAGCAGGGUACCAGGAAACCUCGUUAACAGAACAGGAACCGCCACCCAAAUACGAGGACGUGAUUCUGACGUAGAUUGAUGUCGGACUUUUUUGUUGAACGUGUCAAGCGAGGGGAAAGAAGGCUGCGUAGCCCACACGCCCUGUAUGAUGAUGGCCACUAGACUAGAGUCUUGUGGUUGGACUUCAACUAGUCAUAAAGAUUUGAAUCACGCAGAUCUGAAUGAUGUCCUUUGUUAUGUUAUGUUUUAUGUGUUGAAUUUGUAGAAUAUUUCCCAUUCAGUGAUCCCAACUCACAUUGGCAUUUGCUUUAGGGACAACCUGAGAUGGAAACAGCAAUUAUAUCAUUUUUGCCCUUCAAAAUUGCGACUAGAACCAUGUCAGUGUAAACUAAUCAGUACUGAUGCCAUGUUGUGGUAUAUUGUGAAUGAAAAGUGUACACUUACAUGUAUGAAGGAUAUUGGAUGGAUUCAGGGUUAAAACCGAAGUGCUGAUACCGAAUGUGGAAACUCCUCUCGAAAUGGAAUGUACUUUUCCUAGUUGAUUGGAAUUCCAUCGCAAACCCAUUGCUCCCGUGGAUAGGACGGAUGCCUUGCCGGAUGUAUGCCUUACGGAAGAUAAGGCCGCAGAAUGGAUCAGAAGACGUGCCUUUUAUCUGAGAGAUAGACACCAGAAUGUAUUGAAUCAAGGUAUUUCCCUCAGCACAGGAGAGUUCCAAGCAAGCGAGGAGACCCAUGCCUUACUUUGAAACC